CUAACACCCUGGACAGUCUCAUACCUCUGUCUUAUACCUCAUAUCUCUGUGUUUCUCUGCUCUGUAGUUACAUAUAUCUCUGUGUGUCUGAUCUGUAGCUACAUAUCUCUCUGUGUGUCUGCUCAGUAGCUACAUAUCUCUCUGUGUGUACAGCAUUCUUUCUGAUUCUACCCAUUUCUGUUUUCAUCCAUCUCUACCUCAACUUUUUCCUCUCAAUUGCCUCUCUCUAUUCUCUCUGUCUCUCUCUUCCGCUCUCUUCCGCUCUCUCUCUUUGUAAUAUUCUACAUUCACCUCUGCUACCUGUGGUCUCACUAUGAGUGGUAAUCUGUGGACGGAGGAGCAGUUCAACUGUCCUGUGUGCCUGGACCUCCCGAAUGAGCCAGUCACCAUCCCGUGUGGCCACAGCUACUGCAAGGGCUGCAUCAAGGACUACUGGAGCAAGGACGACCCUCGCUCCCCUGGAGUCUACAGCUGCCCCCAGUGCCGCCAGACAUUCUGUCCCAAGCCCUCCUUGUCCAGGAACACCAUGCUGGCAGAGGCCGUGGAGCAGCUCCGCAAGGGGGCCCUCACCACCUCCGCCAGGGAGUCCAUCCGAAGCGCCCACCGUGCCAACACCAUGGGUAGAGCCAAGGGAGGUUCCCGUGGUGGUGGUGUCAGCCAGCUGCCAGCCAUGGCCGUGCCCUGUGACACGUGCCACGGCGCUGGAGACCAGCGGGCUGCGGUGAAGUCUUGCCUGGUGUGUAUGGCGUCCUACUGCGAGGCCCACCUGAAACUGCAUCAGACGAAAGCGGAGUUGAAAAAGCAUGAGCUGAUUGCGCCCACGGGCAAGCUGGCGCAGAAGAUUUGUACCGAGCACAAGUACCUGCAGGAGUUCUACUGUCGUCAGUGCCAGAUGUUUGUGUGCUGGCUGUGCACCAGUAACCAGCACAAGGACCAUGAGACCACCUCCACCAAGGCAGAGCGCACGGAGAGACAGAAAGAGCUGGCUGAGGUGCAGACAGAGAAUCAUCAGAGACUGAAAGAAAGAGAAGGAGAGCUGAAAGACAUGAAUAAGAUGCUGGAGGCAACAAAGCGCUCAGCAGACAGGGUACAUGAUGACACAGAGACGGUGCUGUCGGAGCUCCAGCGCUCGGUGGAGAGGCUCCAGGAGCUGGUGGAGGGUGUGAUGAACCAGGCUGGGCAGGAGAAAGUAAGCGAGGCCCAGGACGUGGUGGACAAGCUGGAGGCCGAGAUCUCUGAGCUGAAGAGGAGAGACAAGGACAUGAAGGAGGUGUUCCGCUGUGAAGACAACAUCCACUUCCUGGAGACCUGUGAGUCUCUGUGCAGCCCGUUUGAGUGUAAUGAUCUGUCGUGUGUGGUGGCCAAUCCAGAGGCUACGUUUGAGCCUGUACGUGAAGCCAUCCUGAACCUACGGGAGAGAGUGGAGGACAUGUGCAACGUGGAACUGGGCAAGAUCACCAAGACAGUGAAUGACACAACAUUGUUCACCUUAGGAGACAAAGCAAAAAAAAAUGUCGGCCAGAAAACGGGAGGGUUCAGGAGUUUGUUUUCUGGUCUGGGAUCCAAAACAACAACAACAAACAACCGUCCUGCAGCUCCCACACCGACUGUCUCCGUGGCGGUUCGAGGUCCUAACUCACGUGGUGUAGGCCUGCGCUCUCAGGAUGUUAGGAGCAGAGAGGAACCACGAGCUGACAGAGACAGGCUGAGGAGAGAGGAAAGAGAACCAGCCAGAGAGGCAGCCCCCAGACCAAGCACCAGAUCUAGUCCCACUCAGAGCCGGAGAAAGCCAGCCAGAAAUAGCCCGACCCAAAGUCGAAGAGAGACGCGCAGACGCAGUCCCAGUCCCACUCCAAGUCGUACAGAGCCAGCCAGACCCAGUCCCACUCCAAGUCGUAGAGAGCCAGCCAAACCCAGCCCUACUCCCAGCCGGAGAGAGACACCCAGACCAGAACCCACCACCACCCCUACCCCCGGUGCUGUUACCCAAGCCACCCCAGCCUCAGGAGCUUUCAGCCGGAUGGGCUCCAUAGCAAGUCUCUUCCGCUCCCAUCGACGUGCCACACCGGCACCUGGGCCAGUCAACAACAACACUGCUGGAGUUAACCCAUGGGGGAUGGGUGCACUGACUGAAUCCCAACCGGAAGUGAAUACCAGCCUUUUCCUGGAUCCGCCGACCCCUGACCCCAUCAUGAAUCAGAUGCCAGCUUUCCCUGCAUUGAGGGAGAUCGACAUCUCCAGCAUCCAGGCCCCAGAGCCCAGGAGCAGAGAGGAGUUCCUGCAGUAUGCCUGUACCCUGACCCUAGACACGAGGACAGCCCACCGGCGUCUGACCCUGUCGGAGGGCAACACCAAGGCCACCCUACAGGGGGCAGGGCAGCCCUACCCAGACUGCCCCCAACGCUUCGACGGCUGGACCCAGGUGCUGUGCCAGGCCCCCCUUUCCGCCCAGCGAUGUUACUGGGAGGUGGAUUGGCGGGGGAAGGGGUCAUCAAUGGGCGUGGCUUAUGGCGCCCUGAGCAGGAAGGGGGCGGACGCCAGGGCGGGGCUUGGUUACAACGCCCAAUCAUGGAGCCUGGAGCUGUCUGAUACGUGUUGCACGGCAAUGCAUGACAAUGAGAAGAGGGACAUCCCGGUGACGUACUCGCCGCGUCUGGGGUUGUUCCUGGACCUCAACGCGGGCACCCUGGCGUUCUAUAGUGUGGCGGAGAGCAUGGCACACCUGCACACGUUCCGUGCCAACUUUACACAGCCACUGUAUGCGGCCUUCGGGGUGGGUAGUGGGGUUGGUGUUGGACUGGACUUUGCUCUGGGUCAGUUCAGCCAGACAUCCGACAGCAUCAAGAUCUGCCCCAUGUGACGAGACCUACGACCUCUGUAUAGAUCUGCCCCAUGUGACGAGACCUACGACCUCUGUAUAGAUCUGCCCCAUGUGACGAGACCUACGACCUCUGUAUAGAUCUGCCCCAUGUGACGAGACCUACGACCUCUAUAGAUCUGCCCCAUGUGACGAGACCUACGACCUCUGUAUAGAUCUGCCCCAUGUGACGAGACCUACGACCUCUGUAUAGAUCUGCCCCAUGUGACGAGACCUACGACCUCUGUAUAGAUCUGCCCCAUGUGACGAGACCUACGACCUCUGUAUAGAUCUGCCCCAUGUGAUGUGACCUACGACCUCUGAUCCCCAUCUGCUAUCACUGCUUUAUAUGACAUAAUUUAACGAGAAUCAGUUUGUUUCCUAAACAUUUACAAAACAGCCCAAGUGCUGCACUUCUGACAAACAAAUUACGUACAAACACUAAUAGAAGACUGAACUGACAAAUGGUGUAGUAUGUACGUAUACACACACAUUAGU